AUGCGGCUGUUCUAUCUGGUCAAUGCACUGGUCGGUUACGAGAAGAUGCGCAAGUCGAAUCACAUGCAUUGUGCCUAUCACUUUGCCCAGCUUUCUGUGCUCAAGGGUCUUAAGGUGAUUUAG